AUGCCUGUCAAGCCAUCCCAAACUUCGGGGAGGGGUCAAACCGGCUCCGUUAAAUCUCGUUCAUCCAAUCUGUCUAGAAACGAUGACUCGGGCUCUGGUGCCGAAACUCCCGCUCGCCGACGUAUUCAAAAGGCCGCCUCAACACACUUCCAUAUGAAUUCCAUGGCCAAUCUCGAUUCUCAAUCCUCUAGGGGGGUUCCUGGUCCCCGCGCCGGAGAACCUAGUCGCAGGCGAUUAUCUAUUCGAGGCAAUGUCCCUCAGGGGCCGCGACCGCAGGAUGCUUCGCGUUGGAGCAAACCCUCUGGCGGCUACUUUAACUCCGAAACCUCAUCGAUCGACUCCACCAAUGAUUCUAAAGGUUACAAUCUCCGAUCCACAAGCGUUGGGAAUCUGGCAAAGCAGGAUACCAGCCAAACACCGCCAGACAACAUGGAAUUCCUGGCGCCGAUCAAUUUCGACGACUUCCACAACAGUAUCAUGGCUGAACCUAGCCUGAACCACUUCCCCAUGCCCGGAAACGGAGGUCUUGGUUCCGAGAAUAGAGACUCGGGCCUGUCAACCAACAGCUCCUGGACAAAUCACAGUUACGAUAGCAAUAUCUCAGAUCGCACAAGGGGCGCAUCUGCUCGCCGCAAGAGCGAGGUUUCACGAUUCAACGGCCAGCACCCCACAAACUCUGGCUUGUCUGCAACCUCCGUCAACACUCGUUCACGUCGUCAAAGCCUCGCCCAACCAUCCUCGAACAACAAUGCCAAUGUAAAUGUCAAUGCCAAUAUCAUUGGUCCAAGUUCUGGCACGCGUGGUUCCCGCAAGUCAAUCAGCUCUGGUGCCUUUGCCCCCACCAGUGCUUCAGCAAGGCGCGCUAGUUUAAGUGCUCGAAAAGUCAGUGCCGAUCCAACGCGGACAGACUCGAACAACUUUCUUCGCCCAAGAGCUACGCAGCCUGACUCUAGUCGAGAUGAGCCAAGAGUACCCUCCUCUGUGCGAAGUCUCAAGGCAAAGUCGUUCCAGCCUGGUGUCCGUGAACCGCGGGGAACUUAUUUGACUACUUCGGGAACCACAGACGACAGUCGUUCUUCGUCAACAAAUGCUAUCCGUACGCCGAUCAAAAACACGUCUGGAAAUCCUUCCAAUACAACACCUACCUCUUCAUCUUCAUCUUCCAAGCGUAUGUCUGUCAUGCCGCACGCAACGGGUCUAGGAGCCCGAACCAUAAGCCCCACAGAUGCACGGCGCAUGAAGCGAAUGUCAAUUGCGCCUCCUGCGCCUCCCAUGCCUCAUACCCCUCCUACACAGACAGAGCCCCUUCCCAUUCGGCCUCUAUCCUCAACCCAAUCCCCUUCUUUCCUACCAAGAAAAAGCGUCACCCCAUCCUCUAACAGGACAACGCCAGAUCCAAACCGCAAGUCGUACAGCUCCGGAUUAUCACUUUCAUCAAACACUAGCUACAACUCCAUACGGAAUUCUAGCAGCUCCCUCCAACCGCGCCUUUCCCAGAAUUUCUCCUCGUCACGACUGCCUACCCCCAAGCCGCGUAAUGAGCAAUCCGCGCCAAACACUGGAGAAGAAGUACCUCCAGUUCCCGCAAUUCCUAAAGCCUAUGAAUCCCCGAAGGCUGAGCUGGAUGCGCCGGUGUUCCCCGCGCCAAGAAAAUCGAGCCUGCCGGUGGAUAUCAGCCAAUUGAAUAUUGCGCGUGAUUCCGAUGCAGAAGCUCAAGGCCGACUCAGUACUACUGGUGAUGAUAGCAAUAAUGAUUUAACGAAUGGGCGGAUAACAAAGACUCCUGAAUCGAGAACCCGAACAUCAACAGUAUUGGGUCGCAAGGGCUUACAGCCUUUGAAGCUGCCACCUUUGAAUCUUCUCCCUCUAGGAACUCCGAUGACAACCAAAAUCGAAGCCCUGCGAGACCGGGAAGCUGAGGAACGCAAGGCCUAUACACCCUCCAACCAAGUGAUGUCGAAGACACCCAGUACGCCAAUGACCGCAUCAAAGGCGUCAUCUAACUUCUGGAACUACCACGACGACGAUGAUAGAGCUCCUGCUACACAGGCACGAAGCAGCACAUCUCAUUUUGCCAUUAGCUCGAGCUCUACGGCGGCGGCACUGCGAGCAGCCAGCAGCACGAGUGCGUUUGAAUCUUUUGAUAGCACGUCCAAUGGCAACAGGAAUAUCUCCCCCUAUGCCUCAUACACGCUACCCAAGAGUAGUAGUGAGUUCAAUUCUCUGCGCCACCAGGCUAGUGGUGACUAUUCCAACAUCCGGACAUCCCAUUCGUACAAGUUGACAGGCCCACGACCUCAGACGCAAAGUGCAGUCUUCACACCUGCAGCCGAAAGACUAAGCCAAAUUUCAACGCCUUCUGAGCCAGAAAGCACUACCGUACCGAAUCCAUCGUUGCGCGAGCGGUUGAACGUGGCACGGGUUCGCAGCAAUUCCAAAAUUGCUCAUGCAUCUGAUGCAGAUGUCGAUCCAGCCAAAUACAACCAUAUGCCCCCGCCCAAGCUCCCGGCAUCUGCAACAUGGAAUAACUUGUCUUCUGUGACAUCCACCACCCCUAACGUCAAGACAUCAUAUCUCAAACCACGUCGUCAAUCGUCAGUAUCUAGCAUUACAAAACAAGCUGCGGGUCGCAAACCCAGCGUCAGCAGUGAACAAAGUAUCUCAUUAGAGCCAACUCGCUCGAAUGAUUCUACUGCGACUGGGGAUUCGUCGCAAACCCGUUCAAAUAGUGCAUAUGUGUCUCCAGUUCACAAGAUCAUUAGUUCUGCUCGUUCCAGCGCCGCUGCUUCCUCUCGGUCAGCUGAUUCCAGUGUGGAUACGGAUAUAGUAGUUGCCGAUGAGGAGAUGCGAAGACUCGGUGCUAAACGGAAGGACUUCGAGACUGCUGCCAAGGCAUUAGAUGAAUUGCGUCGUAAGGCAGGACCAAAGGACCGCGUGAGCCCCGCUUCGGCUCUCAAGAUGGCCAAUUUGAACAUCUUUGAGCGCGGCGAGAUUAUCGACUACCGAGAUAUCUUUUUCUGCGGUACACAAAAUGCCAAGAAGCAUGUUGGUGACCUUCACUCAGGUGCUGCAAAUUUUGGAUAUGAUGACGACCGUGGUGAUUAUAACAUUGUCAUGGGCGACCACCUGGCAUACCGGUACGAAGUUGUUGACAUCCUUGGCAAAGGAAGUUUUGGACAAGUGGUGCGCUGUGUAGACCAUAAGACUGGGGCUUUGGUCGCCGUGAAGAUCAUCCGAAAUAAGAAACGAUUCCACCAGCAGGCUCUGAUUGAAGUCAAUCUUCUGCGCAAAUUGAAGGAUUGGGAUCCUGAUCGCCGCCACAGUGUGGUAAACUUCGUCGAAAAUUUCUAUUUCCGCGGCCACCUCUGCAUAUCGACUGAACUCCUCGGAAUUAAUCUUUACGAGUUCAUCAAGGCGCACGACUUCCGAGGCUUCUCUCUUAAGCUUAUUCGACGAUUUACCAAGCAAAUGCUCAACAGUCUUACUCUCUUGCACGCUAAGAAGGUUAUUCACUGUGACUUGAAACCUGAAAAUAUUCUUCUUGUCCACCCAUUAAACUCCGAGAUUCGUGUGAUUGACUUUGGGUCCAGUUGCUUCGAAAACGAGAAAGUGUAUACCUAUAUCCAAAGUCGUUUCUACCGUUCACCCGAGGUUAUUCUCGGCAUGUCUUAUGGGAUGCCUAUUGAUAUGUGGAGUGUUGGGUGCAUUCUGGCUGAAUUGUUCACAGGAUACCCUAUUUUCCCGGGUGAGAACGAACAAGAGCAACUUGCUUGUAUCAUGGAAGUUUUUGGUCCUCCGGAGAAGCAUUUGAUUGAAAAAAGCACACGCAAGAAGCUAUUUUUCGACUCACUGGGCAAACCACGUCUGACCGUUUCAUCGAAGGGACGGCGCCGUCGCCCAAGCUCGAAGGAACUUCGCCAAGCUCUCAAGUGCGACGAUGAAGCCUUCCUAGAUUUCAUCACGCGAUGCCUGCGCUGGGACCCGGCCCGCCGAAUAACUCCUCACGAUGCGCUGAAGCAUGAGUUCAUUACUGGCAUCAAGUCUACGGCCCGUCCUCGGAUGUACGCCCAGGCAAAUGCAAGCUCUCCGUCUAAACGCGGAACGUCCUCCAGCGGUCGGCCAUUGCCAGAGCCUCCAAGCUCAACCUUAAAAACUGGCACAUUCCUCCGAAGCCGUGACGCAUCUGGCAAUUCUCCAGUCAAAGGCUCCGGCAAGCGCCAUUCCACCGUCACAGGUCUACCGCCGUCUAGCCCUGCCAAGCGAGGCUCCAAUAAUUCCACCACAAGUGGAACUGCGCUGCCUCGCGCCUCGGCACGAAGUAUCAGUGGGAAGCCUGAUCUCGCCACGGCGGCAGCAGCGACCAGCCUAGUGAGUUAA